GCCGAUGAAAAGCCAGUUGGUUACCGCACCUCGUGACAAUCGCAUUAAAGCAAUAACAUUGAAUUUUAUGAAUUCUUAUUGAUGAUCAACCGCUGGACGGUGACACCGAAUGGUUUAUUAUCUUGUCUGGUUGAGGAGGGAAAAAAUAGAGAGAGUAGAAACUGCAGUGAAGAACGUGUGAUAGAAAUUUAUAAUUUUCAAUUUUUCUCCUGCCGAUAGUUGAAUUUGUGAAAAGGUUCAAACAAAUUUUCUGUGAAAAUUGUCGCAAUUAAUAAAUUAAGAUGACGACAUUCCUAAAAACAGUGACGGAAAACUAUCGGGAUUUAAUGGACAACAAAAGCGAUCCUCGAGUGAACGACUGGCCCUUGAUGAGUGGUCCUCUUCCAACAUUUCUCAUAUGCAUAUCCUAUGCUUAUUUCGUCAAAGUACUGGGCCCAAAACUCAUGGAGAAUCGUAAACCAUUAAGUCUCCGGAGAAUAAUGAUAGCCUACAAUUUAUUUCAAGUUAUAUUCUCAACUUGGCUGUUUUACGAGAGCCUUGCUGCUGGUUGGUGGAAUGAUUACUCAUUCAGGUGUCAGCCCGUUGACUACUCAAGGAGGCCAAAGGCUAUGAGGAUGGCGAGUGGAUGCUGGUGGUAUUUUAUAUCAAAAUUCACCGAAUUUCUCGACACGUUGUUCUUCGUAUUGAGAAAGAAGAACGAUCACAUCUCCACUCUUCAUGUUAUUCAUCAUGGGAUUAUGCCAAUGUCCACUUGGUUUGGCGUUAAGUUUACGCCAGGUGGUCAUUCGUCGUUCUUCGGUCUGCUGAACACAUUCGUACAUAUUGUUAUGUAUGGCUACUACCUUUUGGCAGCACUAGGACCAAGGGUACAGCCGUACUUGUGGUGGAAGAAGUACCUGACAACCCUUCAAAUGGUACAAUUCGUCCUCGUGUUCAUUCACACGUUCCAAUUGCUCUUCACUGAGUGCAAUUAUCCAAAGGCAUUUGUCUGGUGGAUUGGAAUGCACGCUGUUCUCUUCUUCUUCCUCUUCAGGGACUUUUACGUCAAGGCCUACACCAGGAGGAAGGCGAGAAAGAUAUCGUUGUUAGCAGAAAAAGAGCAGAAGCAGGUGAAAAUUAAUGGCUUUGCCAAUGGCAAUGGAAAAUUCAUCAAAAAUGGCUCUGCUUAUCCCAAUGAGUACAAAAUAGUCACUGGAUAUAUCAGCGACGAUGGCCUGAGAAAUCGUGUCUUCAUCAGUAAUCGCAGUUUCGAGGAGUGAUUAAGGACUGGGGUGGCAGUGAUCUCCAUUAUGAGAGGGAGAGAAAUUAAUUUUUUUUUUUCAUGUUGAAUCGUUCACAUUUCACACAAUUUCGGGAGGGGAGCUAUUUAUUCAUUUCGCUAUUGAUGGUUUACUUCUCUGCUGAAGAUAUGGUACAUCGAAUUAGCUUACAUGACUAAGAGGAAGAAAAAAAAAUGAGUGAUGAAGCUUUGAAAAGGUGAGAUAAUUCAGCAAAUGAUGAUACAAUUUUUGCUGAUUUUAAUCAUGUUACUACUUCUCGACUGGUGUAUUUUCCCAUAUUUUUUAUAAUUAUGAGCCAUCAACAUUCAUGCGAUAUUCAGUGUCAUUGUAUGAUUGCUUGAGCAUGUGUGAUUGUAUGAGAGAUUUUUUUUCAAUAGUUUUGGUGGCCACAUUGUUGAAUCCAAAUUCCAAAGAUGUUUUCAUAAGCCCUUGAUAUCUCAAUAUAUACAUAUACUUGUAAAUGUGUGCGACAUAAGCGAGUGUUUUCUAUCCAUUGAGAUGAGAAUUUUAAGACUUUAUUAAUUAUAAACUGUUAGAAUGUCUCAUAGAUUGACAAUUUCACUGUUAAUUCUGUGGUCGGUGAGAAUAAAAUGAUUAUGACUUCAUUUGUCCGAUGAAAUUGUGGGAGCUAAAACCACUUCAAUCUGCAAUUAUGGAAUAUUUGAAAAAUAAUUUUAAUGCCGAUGCAUUAUCAUGUGAUGGUAAUGCAUUGUGUAUUCAAUCGAUAAUCUCAAAUAGGCAAUUUUUAGAAUAGAUUAGAAUAGUCUUGGCUAUGAGUUAUCAAAUUUCCGAUCAUGUAAUAAUUGUUUUUGUACUUUAGCCAUGUGUUAGAUGUUAAUGUUAUAUUUAUGAAGAUACAUGUGUAUUUAGGAGUAAGAAGUGAUAGAUAAUAAACUUUAGUCACACCUUGAAUGACCGCCAGUUGGUAAAUAUAAAAUAUGGCGUAACCACCGGUAGGUCAGGUAGGUCGCAGGAGUAUAAAGAGUAUUUGAAAAUAGGCGCGAGGAAAUUAGCAAAAUCAGUGCUCUUGCCAAUCAUGUGUUGACAAAUCAAAUGAGAAAGAAAUCAGAGGAAAGUGAUUAUUGAAAGAAGUGAAAAAAAAAAAAAAUACUAGUGACGCGAUCCCGUCAGUCACUGGGAAGUCCACUGGUGAAAGUGGCCAUCGGGCCCUCACACGUUGUUGAUUGAAAGUAUUCAGGCAGAUAGCAUGUCUACUCUCAAAUCCAAAAUGCAUAAUCCAAUAAUAAAAAUUUCAUUCCAAUUCCAAUGAAAUAAUGAGAAAUAAAUUAAUGUAAUUAUUUAAAAAUUGUAAGAUCAUUUUUUUGUAAUCGCUAAAAUUUUAUGACACUGGAAAAUAAAAUAUGUGUAUAUAAAUAUA